UCGCCAGCUGGAGAACCAAACCCCAGACCCACACUUAUCAAGCAAGCCUCGGUGUCCGUCAUCCCUGUUAGCUGGACGUGCAGAGAGCUGCCGGGUCCGUCGCCAUAUGCUGCUACCGGCAUCUGGUAAUAGCAACCACUUCACAGCAGAAAAUCAACAUCGAAUUGAACCGUCACUCGUCGCUUCAUUGAACUCAAUACUAAAUCAGCUUUUGCAAGGAUCGCCAUCUCUCGCUAGACCAGCAUUGCACCUGUCCGACGCACCCCGUGUCAAAUGUCCAGCACGGUUUCCUCCUCGCGCAGCGCCUCCAAGCGCCUCCUCCGCGAGCUCGCAACCUGGGAGAAGGAAGCCUCCACCGAGUCGGGCAUCGAGCGGCUUGGUCCUGUUAGCGAGGAGGGGCUGCUGCACUGGGAGGCCGUCAUAAAUGGGCGGGGGAUCGGGAAUGGAUACGAUGAAGGUCGCUGGCUCCUAACUAUCCACAUCCCGCCCACCUACCCCCAUCACCCGCCCAAAAUUAUCUUCCGCACACCCAUCGUACACGCCAACAUCGCCCUGGCCACAGGCGAGAUCUGCCUCGACUUGCUCAAGGACCAGUGGACGCCCGCGUACAGCGUGCUCGAGUGCGUGCGCGCCGUGCGCAUGCUCCUCGGCUGCCCCGAGACCGAUAGCCCCCUCAACGUCGAUGUGGCCGCGCUGAUACGGGGCGGCGACGCGCUGGGCGCGCGGAGCUUGGUCGAGUUUUGGUGCCGGGAUGAAGGGGGGAGGUAUGAAGGGCGGUAACAGGGGGUAGAAGCUAUGGUGGAAUUGUAAGAUCUGAGACUUUUAGUCGGAGGUUGAUAAUUGGGCUCGGAAAAGGUGACAUAUCAAGCGUGCUCGGGGUUCAAUGCAUCUAGGGGGGAGCAGGACCAUUAGAUUGGAACGACACAAAGCUGGCGCUGUAGGCUUUGAAUGUAAUGGGGUUGGGGAUCACGCGGGGUGUAAUCAUGGUAUGCUGCGGAGGUAUCGAUGCCUCUGACACGCAUGCUGAAGGGAAAUUGUAACUGAAGUCUCGGCACUCAGUAAGGCGUUGUACGGUGGCAUCUAUUCAGUCACCUCGUAAUUAGGCAGGCAACUGCGAAUGUCUACGCUUCUCAUAGAAAACUUCGGCAUGCAAUGAGUAAGGGAAGCAGAUGCGGCAUCAACACA